UAGUGGGGAAUCUCUUGCAGAGAUGUACAGCUUGACACCCAACCACAGACGCUUUCCACAUCUUAUUGGAAAUAGCUUGACCUUAAGGGGGGUUUUCCCUUAUAUCCAGCUAAAGCUUCACUUAGCAUUAUACAAAGUAGCACCGGAUUGCCUGCUAGGACUUCAAUUUCUAUAUAGCUGUUUCGGUUCAAUCCUCUCUGCCAUUCUUUUCAGUUACAACUCUUAACAUGGAAGAUAUCAAGAUGGAACAAUACAUGCCUUCCACAUCUAAAAUUCCUUUCCACAGCGGUAAGGAAUAUCAUGUGUUUUUGAGUUUCAGGGGAGAAUUGAGAGAGACUCUGGUUCAUCAUCUCUAUGAAGCUCUCACUGCUGCCGGACUAGAUGUCUUCGUAGACAGCCACAAAUUGGAAAAGGGAGAAAUAAUUGAGUCGAGCUUGGAAAGGGCACUGAAGGGCAGUGCCAUACGCAUUCCUAUAUUUUCACAAGGCUAUGCACAGUCUGCAUGGUGUCUCAGGGAGGCCGCAACAAUGGUGAACACCAAGGGCUUGAUCAUUCCUCUGUUUUAUGAUGUGCUUCCAACCGAUGUCAGAUUUCCUCUCAAGGAAUCCAGUCCGUACAAGGCUGCAUUUCUAAAUCACUAUGCCCAAUCAUACCAUAAAGGAGCAGAUAUUGAUGGAUGGAAGGAUGCCCUUCACCAGAUCUGUUCUCGGUCAGGGUGGUCCAUGGAUUUAAGUGGAGGCUCUGAAGCGCAGCUAAUAAAGACUGUAGUGAAUGACGUGAUCAAGACAUUCGACAGAGUGCACUUACAGGUUGCCAAGCACCCUGUGGGACUUGAAAGCCUGACCCACGAUCUCAUUCACAAAUUUAAACUCAAUUCAGAGGGAGGUGUGAAUAAAGCUGGAUUAUGGGGUAUUGGUGGUAUUGGCAAGACCACUCUUGCCAAGGCUCUCUAUAAUCAAGUUUCUGCUAAAUUUGACGCUGCGUCUUUUGUGUUUAAUGUCCGCGCUACUGCUGCAGAAUUCAUGGGCCUCACAAAAUUGCAGAAAAAAAUUCUAAAAGAUUUAGCCAAUCAUGAUGAAGAAGUGGACAGCGUUGAGAAGGGCAUAUCUUUGUUCAGGCAUCGUUUGAGACAAAAACGUGUGCUUCUCAUUUUAGAUGAUGUGGAUGGUGUUGAGCAAUUAAAUGCUUUGGAUGGGGAUUGGCUGGCCCCUGGUAGCGGAGUUAUCAUUACUUCCAGAGAUAGGCACAUUCUCCGUCAUGCUGGGGUCUUAUCUGAAUGCAUUCAUGAGAUGAGUGGAUUAUUGAUAAAUGAAGGUCUCCAACUAUUUUGUUGGCACGCCUUUCUCAGAGAACAUCCAACUCCCACUCACAAAGAUCUGUCAGAAAGAAUAGUGGAGGCUUGUCAGGGGCAUCCUCUUUCGCUGGAAGUCAUUGGAUCCUUGUUGUAUGAUAAGCAGAAUGACCCAGAUUGCUGGACAGAAGCCUUUCACAACAUUACUCUCCACCCAGACAUUCAUGAAAGACUCAAAAUCAGUUACAAUGCUCUUACUGAAGAGGAGAAAGAGAUAUUUCUCGACAUCGCUUGCUUCUUCAUUGGUGAACACAAAAUGCUUCCCAUUGUUUUCUGGAAAUCUUUGUAUAAGACGGUACACACAGCUGUACAUAAUCUUUCCCUGAAGUUACUAAUAAAGAUUGAUGACAAAGGUGUGUUUGAUAUGCAUGACCAUUUGCGAGAUAUGGGGCGAAGCAUAGCAGCUGAAAGAGAGAGAGAAUGUACCCGGCUAUGGAAUGCAGAUCAUUUAAGCAGGGGAGUAUCCAAUAACAACAAUUUCUCUCGCCUUCGACUCAACGGAGGUAAUUCACAACGAUUUGAGACGUUGUACGGAUCUGGUCUUAGAUUACUUCACUUGGAGAAUGUGCCCAUUGCCGGUAUCACGCGAGCCAUGCUUCCUCCAAGUUUGAUAUGGCUACAGUUGCAAGAUUGCGAGAAGCCAUCUCACUUCAGUCUUAUGCGUAACAUGUGGCGCUUUGCAAUACAGCGGCCAUUUCACUUCAGACUUAUGGAUUUGAGAAUACUGCAAACAGACGGGAAUAUUUCCAACCUCCAAUAUUCUCUUUCUUACAUUCUUGGCAACCUCUCACAGUUACAGCAUUUACAGUUGAGAAACUGCAGAAAAUUAAAUAAGCUCCCUCGUACCAUUGGCAACUUGUCAAAGCUGCAGAGUUUAGAUCUGAGUUAUUGUAUAAAGUUAAAGAAGCUCUCUCGUACUAUUGGCAAUUUAUCACAGCUGCAGCAUUUAGAUUUGGGAGUGUGUACAAAUUUAAAUAACCUCCCUGAUACCAUUGGCAACCUAUCACAUUUGCAGCAUUUAGAUUUGGGAGGGUGUACAAAUUUAAAUAACCUCCCCGAUACCAUUGGCAACCUAUCACAGCUGCAGCAUUUAUACUUGGGAGGGUGUACAAAUUUAAAUAACCUCCCCGAUACCAUUGGCAACCUAUCACAGCUGCAGCAUUUAUACUUGGGAGGGUGUACAAAUUUAAAUAACCUCCCCGAUACCAUUGGCAACCUAUCACAGCUGCAGCAUUUAUACUUGGGAGGGUGUACAAAUUUAAAUAACCUCCCCGAUACCAUUGGCAACCUAUCACAGCUGCAGCAUUUAUGCUUGGGAGGGUGUACAAAUUUAAAUAACCUCCCCGAUACCAUUGGCAACCUAUCACAGCUGCAGCAUUUAUUCUUGGGAUGGUGUACAAAUUUAAAUAACCUCCCCGAUACCAUUGGCAACCUAUCACAGCUGCAGCAUUUAUUCUUGGGAUGGUGUACAAAUUUAAAUAACUUCCCCGAUACCAUUGGCAACCUAUCACAGCUGCAGCAUUUAUACUUGGGACGGUUUACAAAUUUAAAUAACCUCCCCGAUACCAUUGGCAACCUAUCACAGCUGCAGCAUUUAGAAUUGGGAGAGUGUACAAAUUUAAAUAACCUCCCCGAUACCAUUGGCAACCUAUCACAGCUGCAGCAUUUAGACUUGCGAGGGUGUACAAAUUUAAAUAACCUCCCCGAUACCAUUGGCAACCUAUCACAGCUGCAGCGUUUAGACUUGGGAGGGUGUACAAAUUUAAAUAACCUCCCCGAUACCAUUGGCAACCUAUCACAGCUGCAGGAUUUAGACUUGGGAAGGUGUACAAAUUUAAAUAACCUCCCCGAUACCAUUGGCAACCUAUCACAGCUGUAGCAUUUAGACUUGGGAGGGUGUACAAAUUUAAAUAACCUCCCCGAUAUCACAGCUGAAUUUUGGCAUCAACUACAAAUAAUAGAGUGAGUGAUGAAGACUUUUAUUGUUGGGUGGAAAAGAGAUUGAAGGUGAGAGAUGCGGUCAAGGUUGGAAGUUGGGAGAUUAAAGCUAACCACUUUUAUGAUGACCAAUGUUUGAGGAUUUGGGAGUCCACGAUAACGAUGCUGGUGUUAUGAGUAUCACAUGGUCCGACGCCUAGUAUAAUAAUCUACUGGUUUCCUUUGUAAGGUUCUGAAUUUUCUGCAGAUGAAUGCUUCAAGGAUGAAAACUUAGCUCUUCCUAUAACUGUGCUCUGUAUGAACUACAUGCAUAAAUUAUUUGGAAGUGAUGAAUCUGUUUUUCCAAAUUCCAAGAUACAGUGUUGUAAUUGCUCCUCCAUUAGGAAUAGCUGGGAGUCUUGCUUGUCAACUAAGCUCUGAGAUACCAAUUGGAAUCCUAUUGCCGCAUUUAUGGGAGAUACUGCGACUCUAGCCACAACACAAUGAUUGGCAAAAAUGAAACUUGCUCGGAUGACUAUAUGGGAAACUCUCUGAGGGUAUUUGGGACAAACCAUUCCACCAGAUUGUUGAAGCGAUAGAGACCGCGUCAAGUUUGGCAACUACACUGCCUGUCCCAUUGCCUACUCCAAAACUGGCUGUGCAGUUAUCAGCAGUUAAAAAUAUUCUUGCUGAAUGGUGUAUUUUAUGAUCAGUUAUCAGCAGUUAUAUGAUACAGUGUUUUAAUUGCUUCUUCAUUACGAAUAGCGAGGCUUAUUUGUCAGCUAAGCUCUGAGGCUGACACCAAGUGGCAUCAAUCCUGUUCUAUGCAAGUUCUAACUCCAUUGGGACCUGCCUCAAUGGUUGUUGUAUUUAUGGGAGAUAUUGGGACUCUAGUGACAACACAAUACACCAAGUGGCAUCAAUACUGUUCUAUGCUACACCGGCCCUUCUGUCUCCAUGGUUGCUGCAUAUAUGGGAGACAUCUCGACUCUAGUGCCAACAGAAUGUAUUGGUAAAGAUGAAACUUGCAUGGAUGAAAAUAGCAGGGACUAUAUAGAAACUCUCUGAUGGUCUUCGGGGCAAACCAUUCCACAAGAUUGUCAGCGGUACUUUGGAAAUUUCAUGGUUAAGAAACUAGUCUCUGAUUCACACAACACCAAAGAAAAUAUUCUGAGAGCUGUACAGAAACCUUGCAUCAAUUGUCUCCAUAAAUUUUUUGAAGAUUUGAAUGUGCAACUCAUAUAGAGCAGCUAAGAUCGAAUCUAGAUCCUUUUAUUUGCUAUUGAAGAACUCUAUCAACUAAAUUAUUGGCCCUCUUUGAUCAGCCCAUCAUUAAUCUAGGUAUAGUCAAGCCUGAUAAUCAUUUCUGGUUCUGUAGAGGCUGAAGAAAGUUCACAGAGGCUGAAGAAAGUUCACAGGUGUAGUCAAGCCUAUAACCAUUUCUGCUUCUGUAGAGGCUGAAGAAAGUUACAGCUCAUGUGGACCAGCUAUGACUCAAACUUAGAACCUUCUAUUUACUACUGGACUGCUCUACCAAUUGAGCUAUUGGCUCCUCAUUAGCCACAUUGUUGGUGUUUGGGACUCUUAACCCAGCUCUGAUAUGACAUACUGAACUAUAGCUCAUGAAUCAGCCAAGACCCAAACCUAGGAGUUUCCAUUUGUUGCUGGAGCGCUCUACCAGCUGAACUUCUAUGUUCUCUUUAAUUCAAAUUUUAAUACAGAUUAGUUCAAGUGGCUUAUUUCCAACACCAUCCUUAAUUCAUUGUUCAGGUGUUUGGGAAUCCUAGCCUGACUUUGAUAUCACACGUUGAGCUACAGCUCACAUAAACCAGUUAAGACUCAAACCUAAGAUCUUCCAAUUUAUUGCUGGAGUGCUUUAUCAAUUGAACUACUUACCCUCUUUGAUCAGCCCAUCAGUGAUCAAGAUAGAGACCACCUCAAGUUUGGCAACUACUCUGCCUGCUCCAAGGCUGACAGUGCAGUCAUCAGCAGUUAAAAUAGAUGUAAACUCUGAUGACGGGCUGCAGAAUGUAGAAGGUGAUGAUUGAGAAGAUUUUUAUCGUUUUCCAGUCUCCACCACUAUAAUUUCUGAAGACACGUAUCAAUUUCAGAAGAUUCAUCCAAAGAGGGAAUUGAUUUCCCAGCUGAAGGCUAGGCUGAUGAUUUUCAAGACAUUGUGAUUAAUACUACUUGUAGCUAAGAAGUCAAAUUAAUCAUAGCGAUGGCCAUUCUUUGAUCAAACAAAUUCUAGACCAAAAAAAUCCAAAGCCAAAUGUAAAUUGUGUACAUGAAUUCAAGGACGGAUGGUAUCAUUCUGUAAUUCUAUCAACAAAAUACAACAUAUGCAAUUGUAAUUCUGGUAUUGUGGGGUAUCAUUAUGAAAUGACAUGUGAGGACAUGUUUGACA